UAAGCUAGUGGGGGCAAAGAUUCAGUGCAUUCCGUUGAUGUAGACGGCGUGAAAACGGAAACAACAAGUAUGCCGGCUCACUGUGCUGCAUACAAUUACACACUACGUCGUACGAUUGAGACAAGAACACUUGGAAUGACUUUUCAUAGGUUUCCGGGAGACUAUGGGUUGAGGAGGAAUUGGAAGUUUGUCGGCUUAGACCUGGUGUCAUUCCAUCAGUGUUAAACUUCCCGGCUCAUCUUGGAAGAGUACGUGCCAGAAAGACCACGACCAAGCAGCCUUGAGAUCUUAGGCAGCGUCUCCCUGAGACCAAAGAACUACAGACUCUUCACAACCUGCUCAAACUCUUGGUACAGGACCUCACCACACAGGUCAAAAAGGUUUCCGUCUCAUUUCUACUCUGAAGAUCACCUUCUCCUGCUCAAACUGCUGACAAAUGUUUCUGCUGCUCUAAAGUCUGGGCUCCAGAACUUCCUAAAACUCUCAAAGUCUCUUCUGCUGCAGGUUGCUUUGUAGAACUGUUCCAGAAAACCUCACUAAACCACAUGGAGGAGCCUCAAGAUAGUCGUCCAAAUGAAACCGUACAAAAACCAAACUAGCACAACCCAAACGCUAAAGUCUCCUGCAGCCUACCAGAGAACCUCUGAGAACAGAGAAUCAGGACAGGAACUCUUACCUUCUAAACAACCAACAUUGGUUCACAAACAAGAAUACAGAUUGUGUCUGACCAAAAACCUCUAAAGACUCACUACAGCCAAGAUAAAGACACAACUCAGCUUCACCAAAUCCACUAAUCACUGCACACAUUUGCACCAUGUGCUAACUGUGGGUAAAGAACCACAUUUACCAAGACAACUAUCCAGUACAAAGCCCUAAAACACACCAAGAAACACAUUAAAGACGAUUUUAUUGCUGGAAGCUGCAAGCCAACGCCUAAAGAACAAACUGAAGCAACGGAGCCAAACCCGGUGCAGUGGUGAAGAGAAACAGAGGAAACGUUUGAAUGCAGCUAAAUAAAGCAGGAAGACACUGAGCUGCUCAGGUGUUCCUGAUAACACCAAGCAGCCACCUGGACAGCCAAUAGGAACACAGCUUACUGGAAGUCCAGAGGGCUGGGUUAGUGAAGGAAAUUUAAUUUAAAGUUGAAGCAGAAAGUUAACAAAGAAAGUUGAACACCAGGUGCAGUACCACUUCUUGUCCUUGGGUGGCAGUAAAGAGCCCACGUCUCUAAUAUACCGUAAAUUAAGAGGAAGAAGAAGUAACGAGCCAAUCAGAAUCCAGGGCUCCAUAUUGAACCGUUGUUUUGGAGUCAAACGGCUUCACUUUCCUAACAGUUUACCUUGUUUAGAUCUGUUUUUUGAAAUCAAUUAAGCAACAAUUCAAAUAAGAAGACAACUGAGUUAAUACCAACACGGUAACUAUGAAGCUAACGGACAUUAAGAAGUUAAAGGUGGCGGAGCUGCGGUCCAGACUGAAAGAACUCGGGUUGGACAGCAGAGGACUGAAGGCUGAGCUGGUGGACCGACUGUGGUCCGCGACAGAGGCGGGACCAGGAGGGACAGAUGACGGAGAGCAGGUGAGACCACAACCCAGCAGCUCUCCAACACAGCAGGUCCACACUCCGUCCUCUUCACCGCCGACAGAAGCUGGUGUCCCCGCGGCGUGUGAAGCAGACCCCGGCAGGGAGCUCACAGACACCGGCACGCAGACAGAAGCUGAGCCCGGUCCUCCAGUGGUGCACCCCGGAUCUGAGUGUGCUUCAGGGGGUGUGACUGUCUGCCAGGCUGAGGCAGGAGAAUCGGGACAUGCGGAGGGUUCUGGAGAGGACAGGGGGGCUCUGUCAGUAGAGGACUUGGACAGAGGAAGAGCUUUCUAUGAGUUCAAAGAGGAAAUCCGAUAUAAAAGAGCCAAAUCACCACAGCCCCUACUGGAGAGGGAGGAGGCAGAGGAACAAGAUGAAGAUAAAAUCAGAUUAGAUCCAUAUGGCUGUCACCUGCACUUUGAGGUGGGUCCUGAUGGAUCUUGUGGUCAGCCGCGGUUCUGGUCUCGGUUCCCCCUGCUGUGGUCGGGCUGCAGGCUCACCCACGGGGUGCAGCGGGGCAGGGUGGGCUUUGAGGUGCGGCUGGAGAGGAGGUUGUUGAAUACACAGCCUGAAGACCAAGACAUCAGAGAACCAUAUGGUCUGAGAGUAGGCUGGUCAGUGGCCGACUCCUCUCUGCUGCUGGGGGAGGAUGAACUCUCUUUUUCUUAUGAUGGACGUGGUAAAAAAGUGUCCUGUGGGAAGGAACAGGAGUUUGGAGAACCUUUCUCAGAGGGAGAUAUCAUUGGCUGUUAUGCUUCCUUCUCUUCAGACGGUGCUGUUGAACUCUCUUUUCAUAAGAACGGUCGUUUCAUGGGUGUAGCUUUCACCCUGGAUGCCUCAGUGCUGCUGGGCUGUGCUUUGUUCCCUCACGUCCUCUGUAAGAGCUGUUCGGUCAGAUUGCUGCUCGACCCCACAACUCCUCCCUGGUACCCCGAACCUCCAGGGUUUACACCGCUGGCAGUUCUCCGUGCUGAUCAGAGGGUUCGCUCCACAUCAGCUCCUUCUUGCAGAGCACAGUGUGAGGUGGUGCUGAUGGUGGGUCUUCCGGGUUCUGGGAAGACCCUCUGGGCCCGAACUCACAUGAAGCAGCAUCCAGAGAAACAAUACAAGCUGCUGGGAACAGAGGAGCUGCUGGCAUGUAUGAUUAGUGGUGGACAGAAUGACAGCAGGCUGCGGCAGGCCUCUCAGUGUUUGACUGAUUUGAUCAAGAUGGCUGCUGAGACUCCUGCUAACUACAUCCUGGACCAGUGCAACAUCCUCUUCUCUGCACGUCGUCACAAGCUGCAGUUGUUCGCAGGCUUCAGGCGACGGGUUGUGGUGGUCUUCCCUUCCGCAGACGAGUGGAAACGACGACUGUCGCAGCACCAGAUGAGUGACGGGGAACACAUCCCUGCGACCGCCCUGCUCAAACUGCAAGUGAGCUGCAGCCUUCCAGAGCAGCCAGCUGACCUGCUGGAGGAGCUGCAGUACGUGGAUCUGCCUCAGCAACAGGCUCACAUCGUCCUGCUGCAGUACAAAGACGAGGCUCGCAGGCUGCUGCCCCCCGUCCACAGACAAGACAAGAAGAAACCCCGACUUUACAAGAAGAGACCCCACCCUCACGGCCCCCCAGCCCCACGUAGGACCCAGUGGACUGGUUUUAAUGGGCGGAACGACACAAGAAUCAACAUGCAGCCGUGGAGCCAGCAGCCAAGAUAUUGGAACGUUCCUCAUCAGGAGCAGAGCUUCUACUACAACAGAGGCGUCGGUUACAGCGGUUAUGAGGGCUACUGGUGAGGAAACCUGGAGGUGACUGUAACGACAAUUUAAUGUCAUCUAAACAGUUACCUGACGUAGAACUCGGCACUUGGUCUUCCAGCGCUGGUGUGAUUCAGACCGACGCCCAUAAGAACCGGUUCUCCCAGAGAACUCAGAGGAACAUUCACCUGAGGACAGAACCGUUGAAGAUCACAAACGAUUUCUGGGAGUGAGAUUUAAGUCUUUUCUUCUAUGUCUUUGCUAAACAUUUGGUUGUGUGCAAAAAGAUCCCUCUAUAUAUUUGUUCUGCUUAUCCAGAGUCAGAUAAAGAAAAAAAUGUUUUGUGAAUAUUGCUAGAAGUACUUUCGUACACGGUUCGGCAAUCAUUAUAACUGUAGAUGAUCAAUAAAACCAACACAUUCAGCAUCUCAAAUGUUCUGACUUCAUCUUCCAACACCAUGUUCCACCAGUAUGUAACAAAUAAAAAAAUAAAUUAAUUCAUUGACUGAAUAAUAAAACAGAGAGACAUUUUGUGUCUCAUUUUGGUCAUUUUCCUUCAACCUGCAGCCAUUCUCUGUCUCUUAUUGGUCACUUUUCAUGUCUUUGUGGUCACUUUGUGCCACAUUUUAGUCGUUUUCUGUCUCCUCCUGGAAAUGUGAUAAUUCUGGGAUAAGACCAGGCACCUCCAAACACUUUGGGCCCCUUUUAGUAAUCUGUCCAGCAUUGGAACUGAAAGAUACCUAAUUUUUAAUCACUUUAUAUACCUUCUGUUCUAUACAAAGAUGUUUUCAAGUUUUAUCAUCACUUAUUUUAUUGAUCUUGUCAUUUCAGGUUUCAGAAUUUAUCACUUAAAUACAGGAACAGUUCCACCAGCGUUGUUUUAAAUGGUUCUAAACAGUGUUGUUACAAUUAUUUGUUUUUGAAAUCAUUUAAGCGAAAACACUGGAUAUUUUCUGGUCUGAACUUGCUAAAUGUGAGGAUUUGCUGCAUUUCUCUCCGUUUUAACUAACUGUAAAUGAAAUCUUGAGUUUUUGAUUGCUGGUCAGACAAAACAUGAACAUUUUUCACAAAUUUCUGCGUUUUUAUAGACUUAAUAAUUAAUAACGAUAAAAACAUUAUAAAAACCCAGCCUACAGGAGUGAAACAGAGGACUUGGGCACAUUUAGGAGCUGAUAAAUCAUUAAUACGACCACAGAAAGCUCUGCACUUACUGCGUGAAAAUGUGCAAAUGCAGCUUUUUGCUUUUUCUUCUGUCAGGACAUUUUGUUAUUCAGCGUUUAGCAGCGCCUCACAUGGAAACAAAGGUGUCAAAAAAGACGUGUAAAUGUGGUAACGGCAGCUGUCACUGAUUUACAGUCUGGCUUUUAAAGCAGCCGCACAUUUGAUUUACACGGGAUAUUAAUCUUUAUAUUUUACGCUCAGAUACAGAUACACACACUCCACCCUCCUAAAUGUACUUCAGUAUUAAAUCUCGUUACUAAUCUCUGAAACAUCUCCCCUCAGAUGGUGUUAACAGCAACAUGAAGUAAGAAGCCUAAAGUGUCUGUUGAGGUGUUUUCAGAGAACCCACCUCGUCUCUGAUCUCUGCACACACGGAGGAGAACAGCUCUGAGACGACGACCUCCAGUUUCUGCUGCAUCAUCUCCACACUGAUGUUCUCCUCACACACCGCCUGGCCCAGACGCUCACACACCACCUGAGGAGAGCAGCGCUGAUGAGAACAACUACAGCAUCCUAUCGCUCUUCCAGGUCAACAAUAUCGCUUAACGCCAUUUUUCUCUCUACAGCUCUUUGUAAACAGUUUAGAUAUUUUUAGGAUUUUUUUGGAAGAUUUUUACUCAUUUUUUGAAAAUAUUUACAAGAAUUUUCUUGCCAAAUUUGAGGGAUUUUUUAAAAAUUGAACUUUUAAGGGAAACUUUUAAGGGAUUAUUGGAAUUUUCUUCCUGAAGGUUUUGCAAAUUUUCAGAAAUUUGGGGAAUUUUUUUGCUGAAUUUUUGGAUUUUUUUCAGAUGAGGAAACAAUAUUUUUUGGUGUCCGUAAAUGAGGACAACAGGAGGGUUAACACUGGUCUUUUCCUCAGUAACGUUUCAACAGAAAUGUGUGUACAUUAUCCUCCACACGAUACCUGUAGAAAUGUAAACUCAUCGUCAUAUCUGUAAAUAUCCAGAAGCAAAUUCACCGUGUCAUAGCUGGAAAUUCACUGUCAAAUACACCACCAUUCAAAAGUUUGGGCUCACCCAGGUAAUUUCCUGUUUUACAUUGUUAUGAAAAUUAGUGCAUUUGAUGAUUGAAUGUUCUUAUUCACUGUAAUACUGUGUGAUGUGUGCUAAAAGAGGAACAAGGACAAGAAUAAAAACCUGUCCUAACCGCCUGCCUGUAGGGAACUAGAGAUAACACAUACCAAGAUGUAUAGCUCAUGCUUAUGUACCUGUAUAAAAACUAUGCUAUUUUCCACCUUCGUCAGUCACUUGUUCAGACUGUACGCUGUUCAUGUCAAUUCCUUGCGCAAGGAAAACUUUGCGCUGACUUGAGAGACGACUCUGAGUAUUAAUAUGGAGAAGUCAGGACUCCACUGAAGAAUUUUCCUGACAUCUAUGAAAACUCACACUUUUAUUCAUGUGCUAACAUAACUGCACAAGGGUUUUCUAAUCAUCAAUUAGCCUUUAAACAUAAUUAGCUAACACAAUGUAGCAUUAGAACACAGGAGUGAUGGUUGCUGGAAAUGUUCCUCUGUACCCCUAUGUAGAUAUUCCAUUAGAAAUCAGUUAUUUCCAGCUAGAAGAGUCAUUUACCACAUUAACAAUGUCUAGACUGGGUUUCUGAUUCAUUUAAUGCUAUUUUCAUUGAAAAAAAUGCUUUUCUUUAAAAAAUAAGGACAUUUCCAAACUUUUUAACAGUCGUGUAUGUACAUAAUAUGUAAAUUCACCAUACCCUGUACAUGGGACCUUUAUUAUAUCUUUAUUUUUUAGCUUAUUGUACUUUUGCAGUUCUUCUCGUGCUUCUUCCUGCCUUAUCUAUACCCAGCUGCUGUGACGUUCAAACUUCCCCAGUGAGGGAUCAAUAAAGUUUACCUUAUCUUUACAA